AUGGCGCACUACAUGUCUCAUGAAGAGUUGGAACAACAGUCUAGGACAGCUGAGGAACUUAUAGAUAAAAUGUCUGAAGUACUACAUGUAAAUAACUCCUUGAGAUUUACUGAUGAGGACAUCAAUAAUGGUGUAACCAAGCGUCACUUAAAGGAAACAGAAAACAAACGUCUCAGGGAGAGUCUUGGCGAUAUCGAACGUGAAAACCAGAAGUUGUUGGCCUCCAUUGAUGACGUAUAUGCAGAAUAUGAAACCAGAAAAUCCGAGCUGGAGCGCCUUAUCAAAGAGAAAGAACAAGAACAUACACAAAGGAAACAACACUAUGCCAACUUAUUGAAUAGGGAUCGAGAUACAAUAUAUGGAAAUACAACUGAGAAACUUAAGCAACCAACAGGAAUAUCUGCAAAUGCCACCCUCUUAGACAUAUCACGAGUCAGAAAAAACAAUGAUGUCCUUCCUACAGUUGGAAAUUUCAAUACAUCCACUCCAACAACCAAACCAGUUGCACCUGUGAAACAAUACUACAAAGAGCCAAAGAUCAACAAAUUCAUUGGAAAAGAACAAAAUAUAUAUGACUGGGUAGAUGAUUGUAAACGGGCCUUGAAGAAGAUUCCUGAAGAAGACCAGUAUGAUUAUCUACUCUCACACUUAGAAGGAAUGCCUCGGAAAGAAGCUAAGCUUCUUGGUGAAAUAGCAAAGCCUGAUGAGAUAUUCACCACCCUUCAAAGAGUUUAUGGCAGUAGACAGACUAAACAUUCUGCUCUUCAACUAUUCCUCAACACAAAGCAGAACAAGGAUGAGAACAUAAAAGCCUACAGUCAAAGACUAAUGACACAGCUGGAACUGCUGCAGAACUCCCACGACGAGUUUUUGUGUAUUGACAACACAGAUAGACUUAUCAAAACUCAGUUUGCCAAUGGAGUUUCAUCAGAAGUGAUGCGUCUAAUGUUGUAUGAUAAACUUAAACAACAACCUGCUAUAUCAUUCACAACUCUACGCGAAGAGGCAUUCAUAAUGGAGGAGAAGCAUGAUAGGCAGUCCACUACUACUACAGAUACAUCAAUUAGGGAUAUUAUACAAGACCAAGUAAGGAAAACUCUACAAACUUCAAACUGUACCACUGCUGACUCAGCGCCUACUAGUAUAACAUCUGAUCGUACUUUGUUGAAAGAAUUAGUGAAGGAGGAAAUCCAAAAGGAAUUUCAGAAGGAUGUUAUGACAAAUUACAUCUCCCAGAAGCAAGGUUACAAUCAUCCAGAACAUGGACCAGGAUACUUUGAUACAGACCCCCAUGGCUACAGUAACAGAGGAGACUUCAGUAAUAGAGGAGGCUUCAGUACCAGAGGAGGCUACAAUAACAGAGGAGGCUACAGUAACAGAGGAGGCUACAGUAACAGAGGAGGCUACAGUAACAGAGGAGGCUACAGUAACAGAGGAGGCUUCAGUAACAGAGGAGGUUCCAGUAGCCAAGGAGGUUUCAAUGAUAGAGGAUACUUCAGUGAUAGUAGAGGGUUCAACAAUCAUGAUGAUACUCGCAACAACUAUGACCAGAAUAGGAUCUAUACAAAUCAGCAUUUUCCCCAUAGAGACUUUGCUCAGAGAGGCUAUGGUGACACAAGGGGUAGAGGUACAUCACAUGGAAACAGAACAUAUCCAGGUGGAAAUGUUACAACUCGUUAUCAGCAAAGAGAUCAAGGUUAUCAAGACUACCCUCAGAAUAAUGGAAAUUCUGGUAACUGGAGGAACAGCAACCAAGAAAAUACUUCCUCAAAUGUUCAAAAAAACUAG